GAAUCGGCCCAUUACACAGUGAAUUAUAAACUCGCCACGUCACUUUGCAGAACUCAAUCAUUGAUUUUAAAAUUUACCGGUCAUGGCAGGGGCAGAGGUACUUUUCGGCCAUUGAAUGGGCAAUCAGACGAAAUGACUUUGAUAACACUCUUUGUGUCGGCGACGAAACUCGCCGGAAUUUUAGCGACUGUUACAGUAGCAGCUAAUGCUUUCUCGUUUUCUCGUUACCGACGAAAGAAUCUCCGACGGUUUCGGUCUCCGAUCAACGAGUCUGCUGAUAUUCUGGCGUCCUUCGAUAUUGAAGGUGAAGGGGAGAAUGGGUUCUUCUUUGGGUUGGCAACUGCGCCAGCCCAUGUUGAAGACAGGCUUGAUGAUGCCUGGCUCCAGUUUGCAGCAGAAGAACCUAGCCACGCAUCAGAUCAGCAAGGCCUGCAACCUGCGGAUGCCAUAAUGGGUUCUGCUACGGGUGAUGGUGGGUCUCAGCAAGCCCCAAUGUCAGGUACAUCAGUUAAUCAUGUGGUGAAGAAAAAGAAGCCUCUUAAGAUAGCCAUGGAAGCUAUGAUUAGGGGGUUUGAGAAGUACAUAGAAGGAGAAGAAGAAGUAAAUGCACCAAAAGAAGAAUUGCAUCAUAAAGUUGCUGCAUGGCACAACGUUCCACUCCCUGAGGAAAGGCUACGAUUUUGGUCUGAUCCUGAUACGGAACUGAAGCUAGCCAAAGGUACUGGUAUAUCUGUGUUCCGUAUGGGAAUAGAUUGGGCAAGGAUCAUGCCCAAGGAGCCAGUCAACGGCCUUAAGGAAACUGUUAAUUAUCCAGCACUGGAGCGAUACAAGUGGAUCAUCAAUAGGGUUCGGUCCUAUGGAAUGAAGGUGAUGCUCACUCUGUUUCAUCACUCAUUGCCACCAUGGGCUGGUGACUAUGGUGGUUGGAAAUUGGAGAAAACUGUUGAUUAUUUCAUGGAUUUUACCAGGCUUGUUGUUGAUACUGUAUCCGAUAUGAUAGACUAUUGGGUAACCUUUAAUGAGCCACAUGUCUUCUGUAUGCUUACAUAUUGUGCGGGGGCUUGGCCUGGUGGUAAUCCUGAUAUGCUGGAGGUUGCUACAUCUGCUCUGCCAACUGGUGUUUUUAAUCAGGCCAUGCAUUGGAUGGCCAUUGCACAUUCCAAGGCCUAUGAUUAUAUACAUGAAAAAAGCAGCACGUUAUCAAAGUCAAAAGUUGGGGUCGCACACCAUGUAUCAUUUACACGGCCAUAUGGUCUCUUUGAUGUUGCUGCAGUUACACUGGCUAAUUCUCUUACCCUCUUCCCAUUUGUGGAUAGUAUCUCUGACAGGCUGGAUUUCAUUGGCAUUAAUUACUAUGGACAGGAAGUGAUAUCGGGCGCUGGCUUGAAGUUAGUAGAAACUGAUGAGUAUAGUGAAUCCGGCCGAGGUGUAUAUCCUGAUGGCCUGUACCGCAUGCUGAUUCAAUUCCAUGAAAGAUACAAGCAUCUGAAUGUACCCUUUAUCAUUACAGAAAAUGGGGUUUCUGAUGUGACUGAUAUCAUUCGUCGACCAUAUCUUAUAGAACAUCUACUUGCUGUUUAUGCAGCAAUGAUGACAGGUGUUCCUGUGCUUGGUUACCUGUUUUGGACUAUUUCAGAUAACUGGGAGUGGGCUGAUGGUUAUGGUCCCAAGUUCGGUCUUGUUGCAGUUGACCGUGCCAAUAAUCUUGCCCGGAUUCCUCGUCCUUCAUACCAUCUUUUUACCAAGGUGGUGAACACUGGUAAAGUUACUCGCGGAGACCGAGCACAUGCAUGGAAUGAUCUCCGAGUUGUGGCUAAAUUGAAAAAAACAAGACCUUUCUACAGGGCAGUUGACAAACAUGGUUUAAUGUAUGCAGGAGGCCUUGAUGAACCAAUACAGCGGCCUUACGUUGAACGAGACUGGCGGUUUGGACACUAUGAGAUGGAAGGUCUGCAAGAUCCAUUGAGCCGCUUAUCAAGAUUCAUUCUGCUGCCAUUCUCACUCAUAAGGAAAAGAAAACCUCAGAAAGAUGAUGCUGAAUUGGUUCUUCAAACUCUUGAAUUUAGUGUCUGAUUAAUUAACCUGUUUCCUGUUGGGUCAAACUUUUAAGACAAGGUCCAGCAACUUCCCCUUUUGCUUUUAAUUGAUGUGUGUUCUUCUACUAGCAUCUUAGUUUGGUGCCUCCAAAAGUUAAAAAUUUGUAAAGGUAACUGCAUCUUUAGCAUGUUUGUCACAAAUGCCUAGCAUGAAAUUAAUGAAAUCUUCAUUCCGCCUAAA